CUUUUUUGCACCUUUUCGGGCUUCACAGGGUUUAAAUUCUCUCAUUCAUCACCUCAUUCUCUUCAAUUCAAUCUCUUUCAUAUUCUAAUUCUUGGUGAAAAUGGCAAACAAGUUGAAUGUGGUGGUGUUAUGUUUGUGUCUGUGGACCCUAUUGUUUUGUUUGGUUUCUUGUGAACCAAAUGAAGGGUUGCGUAGGAUUGGUUUGAAAAAGGUCAAAUUGGGACCCAAAAACUUGUUGGGAUUGAAGGGUGAUGAAUCUUCAUUGUCUUCCAUUUUGGAGUCUCAUCUCAAAGACAUCCUUGUAGGAAAUGGGGAAGCUGAUGUUGUUGCAUUGAAGAAUUACUUGGAUGCUCAGUAUUAUGGUGAAAUUGAGAUUGGUACCCCUCCUCAGAAGUUUACUGUAAUCUUUGAUACUGGUAGCUCUAAUACUUGGGUUCCAUCGGUUAAAUGUCGAUUAUCGCUUGCAUGCUACUUGCACCCCAAGUACAAGUCAAGCGAAUCAAGUACCUACAAGCCCAAUGGGACUUCUGCUGCAAUUCAGUAUGGUACUGGAUCAAUUUCUGGUUUCUUUAGCUAUGAUAAUAUAAAAGUUGGUGAUGUAGUCGUGAAAGACCAGGAAUUUAUCGAAGCAACUAGUGAACCUGGAUCUACAUUUGUUUUAGCUAAGUUUGAUGGUUUACUUGGACUUGGAUUUCAAGAGAUAUCAGUUGGAAAUUCUGUCCCAAUAUGGUACAAUAUGGUCGAACAAGGUCUUGUUAAGGAUCCUGUAUUUUCAUUUUGGCUCAAUCGUGAUCCAAAUGCGGAGGAAGGAGGCGAGAUUGUUUUUGGUGGUGUCGAUCCUGCUCACUUCAAGGGCGAACAUACUUAUGUGCCGGUGACAACAAAAGGAUAUUGGCAGUUUGCAAUGGGAGAUGUACUUAUUGAUGGAAAACCCACCGGAUAUUGUGCUAAUGGUUGUUCAGCAAUCGCGGACUCAGGGACAUCUUUGUUGGCAGGUCCAACGGCUGUAGUUGCAAUGAUAAAUCAGGCAAUUGGAGCAUCUGGAGUUUACAGUAAAAAAUGCAGGACUGUUGUUGAUCAACAUGGACAAACAAUUUUAAAAUUGCUCUUGGCUGAAGCACAGCCAAAAAAAAUCUGCUCCCAAAUUGGAUUGUGCACAUUUGAUGGGACUAAUGGUGUUAGUAUGGGUAUCGAGAGUGUGGUGCAACCAACUGAUAGAGUAUCAUCUGGCGGUCGUCAAGAUGCUUCCUGUUCUGUAUGUGAGAUGGCUGUUGUUUGGAUGCAGAACCAGCUGAGGCAGAAUCAAACAGAAGAGCGGAUAAUAAACUACGCUAAUUCGCUUUGUGAUAAAAUGCCUAACCCAUUGGGACAAGAAGCUGUCGAUUGUAACAAGAUCGCUUCCAUGCCUAAAGUUUCCUUCAGCAUUGGUGACAAGCAAUUUGACCUUACCCCCGAACAGUACAUAUUGAAGUUGGAGCAAGGUGGUCAAUCCCAAUGUAUCAGUGGUUUUACUCCUAUUGAUAUUCCUCCACCACGCGGCCCACUCUGGAUCCUUGGAGAUAUCUUCAUGGGAGCAUAUAAUACAGUCUUUGAUUAUGGUAAACUCAGAGUUGGAUUUGCCGAAGCAGCAUAGAGAAUAUUCUCAUGCCCUUUAUCAGGGGAAAAGAGCAGUAUUGGUCCUUGGCAACAGUUAUUUGCUUAUAGUUUGUAAAACCUUCCUAUCAAAAUGAGCCUAAUAUUGUGGUUGUGUAUAAGUAUAUAUUAAUAUUAAUAUUAAUUAAAUAUUAUUAA